GAGCCGCUAAUCGCAUGCGAGGUCCGGCCCAUCAGCUCUGCCUCGCAGCUGUAACCAGAACCUUGGAAUGCGAGCGCGUUUUGUUCCACAAACCACUUCAACAACGGGCGCGUACCACCCGGCCGGGGAGGGGGGGACAGGCGGCGGGCAGCGGCGCGCAACGCCUCAUAUCCAUUUAAUCAUUAAAUAACAGCGCUUACGGAAAGGGGGACGCGCAGUCAGGCGUCUGAAUAUGCCACGGUUUUAAAAUCUUUCGACCAUCGGCGUAGAGAGGCGAUUAUGUGUAAUUGCUUGGUUAAUCUCCCCUACCUCCUGAUAAAGUAACUUCCCCCAUGGCGUUUGAUUGACGGCUCCAUAUUUCCAGUUGGGAUUUUUGUCUGUUGCGAGAAAGGACGCAAAAAGAGGGAGAAUUUCAAGGGACUCUAAGAAAAGGAGAAAACGGAAAGAGACAGAGAAAUUGAAAGAAAAAUAGUCAGAGGGUCUGAGAUACAAAUCUACAAAAAGCAAUAAGCGCUAAGACUGGACGAGCGCUCUGACAUAUUUUAAAAUAAGGGAACAUUUUUGUUGACUUAAAGCAGAUACCAACCCGCUGCCAUGACAACAGAAUUGCAGGAAAUCGCCAUCACUGAGGAGAAGCCUUUACUUACGGGUCAGCCUGAUCCAGUCAAGGAGGCGGAGCUUGCAGCUCGAAUACUGCUGGACCAGGGCCAGGAGCACAGUAUAGAGACGGCCCAUGGGCUGCUGCAUGUCACCCUGCACGGCAGUGGAAACACCCGCCGGCCUGCGAUCCUGACCGUGCACGACGUGGGACUGGACCAUAAAAGCUGCUUCUCCGCUCUCUUUAAGUUUGAGGAGAUGCAGGAGAUUGUGAAGAGCUUCACAGUGGUCCACAUCGAUGCCCCAGGACAGGAGGAGGGAGCCGCUGCAUACCCCAUGGGGUACCAGUACCCCUCCAUGGACCAGCUGGCAGAGAUGAUUCCUGCAGUCCUGCAGUAUUUCAAUUUUCGCACUGUGAUUGGUGUGGGCGUUGGUGCUGGUUCCUACAUUCUCUCCAAGUUCACACUGAACAGCCCAGACUCUGUGGAGGGCCUAGUUCUGAUUAACAUGGACCCCAACGCUCGCGGCUGGAUGGACUGGGCAGCUCAAAAGAUCACUACUCUGACUUCCUCUUUCACAGAGCAGAUUCUGAGCCAUCUCUUCAGCCAGGAGGAGCUGUCAGCGAGUACGGAGCUGCUGCAGACCCACAGGGAAAGGAUCUCCAAAUCCCCUAAUCUGUACAACAUGGAGCUGUUCUGGAAGAGCUAUAACAGCCGCAGGGAUCUUAACAUUGAUCGUAACAGCACUCUGAAGUGUCCCGUCAUGCUGGUGGUGGGAGACCAGGCACCCCAUGAGGAGGCAGCGGUGGAGUGCAACAGCAAGUUAGACCCAACGACAACUUCAUUCCUCAAGAUGGCUGAUGCUGGUGGUCUUCCUCAGCUCACACAGCCCAGUAAACUCACCGAGGCUUUCAAGUACUUCAUUCAAGGGAUGGGCUACAUGGCGUCUUCCUGCAUGACUCGUCUCUCUCGCUCGCGCACCACCUCGCUCUCGUCCUCCUACUCCUUGGAAGGAUCCCGCUCCCGCUCGCGCACCCUCUCCCAGGGCUCCCAAGGGGGGCAGAUGCCCCCCAGCCCUUCCCACACCAUGGAGGUGUCCUGCUGAAUAUAGGGAGAGAGAGAGGGAGGGGAAAAGAGAGAGAGAGAGAGAGAGAGAGAGAGACAGUGCAGACAGAGAGAGAUCAUCACCUCAGAGACACUAGCCCUGCAUCUCAUUAAGUCGUUCUAUCACAGGGAGGAGGAGCUAUGGCCCCCUUCCCUUCCCCACUUUCCCCCCUUUCUCUAUCAUGCCCACCCUUUCACACCCUUCUUGUAAUUUUUUUCCCCUCCCUCUCUCACUGUCUCUCUUUAUCACUCUCUCUCUUGUCCCUCUAU